ACGUUGACUGCUAAAUCCGCGGGAUUCAAAUUCUUCAAGAGUCAGGGAUCCCAAUUCCUGAUCCUCGCAAAAAAAUCCAGGACAUCGAAAAUUUUCUCCUGCUAUUUCCAAACCAUAUCUUUGGAUUUAACUGCAAUCUCUUUUCUCUCUGUGCUUGCCGGCCGGCAUUGAAUUUCAAUGGGAACCCCAGAAUUCCCAGAUCUCGGAAAGCAUUGCAGCGUUGACGAUUGCAAGCAGAUCGAUUUCCUGCCCUUCACUUGCGAUCGUUGUCACCAGGUUUAUUGCUUGGAACACCGAAGCUACAUCAAACACCAUUGCCCUAAAGCUGACAAGAAAGAUGUUACCGUUGUCAUCUGCCCACUUUGUGCUAAAGGGGUUCGUUUAAACCCUGAUGAGGACCCUAAUAUCACUUGGGAGACACAUGUUAGUACAGAAUGUGAUCCAUCAAAUUAUGAGAAAGUCACAAAGAAGAAAAAGUGUCCAGUUCCUGGCUGCAGGGAGGUCUUGACCUUCUCAAACACCAUCAAGUGUAGGGACUGCACCAUAGACCAUUGCUUGAAGCACCGUUUUGGGCCUGACCACAAAUGCCCUGGACCAAAGAAACCUGCUUCAGGUUUCCAAUUUACCAGUCUUCUAAAUAGAAGUAGAAAAGAAGAGCCAAGGCCCAACCAAGCUUCGGCAACAUCUUCAUCUAGGUGGUCUAGCUUUCUUAAUGCAGCUGAGGCAGGAAUGGCAAAAUUGAGUACUGAAAUUAGCCAAGUGUGGCAGUCAACAAGGGAUGGAGUGGGGCAGAGUAGCAGCAGCAGCAGCAGUGGGAGGGCAGGAGGAACAGGGCAAGAGGAGGAAUGUCCGCAAUGUGGUGCAAGAUUUUCCAAUGUCACAACUCUGGUGGAGCACGUGAAGAAAGUCCAUGAAAGGAACAACAGCCAAUCUCGUGUCUUCAAGAUGUCUAUUGAUGUAUGCCCCAAGUGUAGCAAAGCAUUCCGUGAUCCAGUGGCCCUUGUAGAGCAUGUUGAGAGAGAUCAUGGUGGUACUUCAAAAGCUUAGAAGGGUCUGUUUCAUUGGUUCUGACCAAAGAGGUGCCUAGAAGAUGAGAUUGUAUUAUUUUGUAAUGCUUCCAUUUCUUUAUGGACUGCACAGCACAGUGAUGGACUACAUUUGAGCAUUCAACAACCAGUGAAACAAUUAUUCAUUAUUCAUUUGAUGAAAUACCAAUUCAAACUUUAAUAGGUUUGAAGCAAAUAUUUGAGAACAGUGCUACGUUCUUGUUGAUAGGCAUUUUCUUCGAGUUUUGAGGCUUUCAUUGAUCCUCUUAUUAUUAAUUUGUUUUUUAUGGAAAUGAAAUUUUAUCCUCUUA